UAUAUAAAUAGCUAUUUACUACAGGCAAACCGCCAAUAGCUAUUUUCAACUUUCUUAAUUUGGUCUCAGAUAAAACAAGUACCCCACGAUGCCCUCUCCCGUUAGAGAACUGAGCUCUAAGCUCAACAUCAACGACCUCUGCGCCAUGAUAAACUCCCGUCUCGAUGAUUUAUCUACACGUUUGGAACGUUUGAAUCAAGGCUUUGAUCGUUCAUCUACACGUUUGGAUCAAGGCUUCGAUAAUUUACGCCAAGGCUUCGAUAAUUUACACCAAGGCUUCGAUCAAUGCUUUGACCAAUUUGCAGCUUUCUUAAAUGAAGACUUCGAUCGAUUCACAGCCUUUUUAAAUGAAGGCUUCGAUCAAUUCAUAGCCUUUUUAAAUGAACGCUUCGAUCGAUUCACAGCCUUCUUAAAUGAACGCUUCGAUCGAUUCACAGCUUUCUUGGUAAAUAGGAGCUAUACAAGCAGCUAUCUACCUACUCAGCUGGAGCGUAUCCAGCUGACGCUUCCGUCGACUGGAAAAAGCGUUGGGAGAGCAUCUCAACGCCGGCUUGAACAACCUAUUGCUCCUCCUGGCGCUCCCCCCACUGCUCCUUCUACUGCACUUCCUGCUGCCCCAUCUUCAACGAGCUCUCCUCUUACUAGCACGGCUCCGAAUCAAGCGCUGCUUCCACAGGCGCUGGAAUUCCAAGGCGCCGCCGCUACCGCCGUUGCUACGCUAGAGCCCCAGGGCGCCGUCGCCGCCGCCGCUACCGCCGCCGCUACACCAGAGCCUUAGGGCACCAUCGCUGCCUCUAUACUAGAGGAAGCUAACGUUGAGACUAAAUAGGCCAUUUUACGAGCGUAGCAAUUUACGACUAUCAACAGAACCCAGCCAUUUUCAGCGUACGCAGACGGCGGACACUUUGUAUACAGCUUGUGGUCGAGAGGUCAGCUCGAGAUAACCUAAAACGUCUAAAACGCUAAAAAUUAUCAUGGAACACGGAUAUUAAGGAUCGAGAACGACCCUUAGGAGGAAAGGGGGUUAUAUGGAUUCUAGAAUAGUUCAAAAGAAUAUAAUCGAUUCACAACUA